GUGAUUGUGCAUCCGAUUCCGACCCAACCCCUUAGUUCAAAAAUUCUCGUAGGGCAACGAGACCAUUUCAUUCCCUACCUCACUCACUCGCUCGCUCACCCUCUCUUUCUCCGCCGUCUGCUGGGCUCUCGGCAAUCCGGCGUUCUUACCGUUGACGGAGGAAUUUGGGCAUUAUGGGGGAAAGCAAUUCACCAACAAGUGAGAUAAGAGACUCAGAACCUGAUGAAAACCUCGAAAACAAGACUGGGGAUAGUAGCAUUGAGGCGAUAACUCGGAGGGUUCAAGAGUCCCUUGCUAUUGAAAACCGGCACAAGUUUUGGGAAACUCAGCCUGUUGGGCAAUUCAAGGACAUUGGUGAUUCGAGUUUGCCCGAAGGUCCCAUCGAGCAGCCUACACCAUUGUCUGAAGUCAAGCAAGAGCCCUAUAACUUACCCGCGGCUUAUGAGUGGAUUACUUGUGACUUGGAAACCGAGGAAAUGUGCAGCGAGGUCUACAACCUUUUGACUAACAACUACGUUGAGGAUGAUGAAAACAUGUUUAGGUUCAACUAUUCCAAAGAGUUCCUUCAGUGGGCGCUUCGGCCACCUGGCCAUUUCAAGAGUUGGCAUAUUGGUGUGCGGGCUAAGACCUCAAAAAAGCUGGUUGCUUUCAUUACAGGUGUUCCAGCUAGGAUAAGGGUUCAUGAUGAUGUUGUUACCAUGGCUGAGGUUAACUUCCUGUGUGUGCAUAAGAGGCUGAGGUCAAAACGGCUUGCACCUGUUAUGAUCAAGGAGGUGACUAGACGGGUUCAUCUGGAAAAUAUAUGGCAAGCUGCUUAUACCGCUGGUGUAGUUAUUCCAACACCCAUAGCGACUUGUCAAUAUUGGCACAGGUCUCUUAACCCAAAGAAGUUGAUUGAUGUUGGGUUUUCAAGGCUUGGCCCAAGAAUGACAAUGAGCCGCACCAUAAGGCUCUAUAAGUUACCAGAUUCAACAGUUACACCUGGUUUUAGGAAGAUGGAGCUCCGUGAUGUUCCUGCAGUUACCCGGCUGUUGAGGGGUUAUUUGAGCCAGUUUGUUGUGGCUACUGACUUUGAUGAAAAUGAUGUUGAGCAUUGGUUGCUUCCUAAAGAAAAUGUAGUUGAUGGUUUUGUUGUUGAAAGUCCUUUGACUCAUGAGAUCACUGAUUUUUGCAGCUUUUACACUCUCCCUUCUACUAUUCUUGGCCACCCAAAUUACACAACUCUGAAGGCUGCCUAUUCUUACUACAACGUGGCUACAAAAACUCCGUUGCUUCAGUUGAUGAACGAUGCUCUUAUUAUUGCAAAGUUGAAGGACUAUGAUGUUUUUAAUGCCCUGGAUGUUAUGGAGAAUGAAUCAUUCCUCAAGGAGCUGAAAUUUGGGCCUGGAGAUGGAAAGCUUCAUUACUAUCUUUACAACUACCGCUUAAAGCAACCAAUAAAGCCUUCAGAACUUGGACUUGUACUCUUGUAGGUUGAGUUUCCUGACAAUAUUUUGAGUUGACUUUCAAGAUAUCCUUGGUAAGACCUCAUUUGUCUGAGUUGUUGGGAUUAGAGAUUUUUGAUAUGCGUUAUUGUCUCUUCAUGUUUGAUACUCUAUUUAAAUUGAUUGUCCAAAUUUUGUUCCUUUUCUCUUGA